AUGGCGAGCGCUAUCCAGAAGUUCAUCAUGGACCCUGCGAACCACGACCUCCUCGGCGUGGCCAAGGGCGCCCGCAACGGUAUCGUGUACGGAUGCAAGGUGCGGUUCCCGCACGCGCUCGUCAUGGCGGCGCUGUUCAGCCACAAGCCCUGGCCGGUCCGCAUCCACGGCAUCCUGACCGCGACGCGGAACCAUGCGCUCGCGCUCGGAAAGUUUGUCACGAUCUACAAGAUCAUGAUGCUCAUCCAGAAGCGGCUGAACGGAGGCAAGGAGCGUGACCUCGACACGCUCAUCGCGGGCGGUAUCGGAGGAUGGUGGGUCUUCAGCGACCGCACACCGAUCAACGAGCAGAUUGUGCUGUACAUCAUGUCUCGCGUCGUCCUCUCGUUCCUUCCGCGCCUGUACUCAUCCUCGUCGGGCCCCGCCAAGGGCCCCCUCGAGCCGCUCUCGCACCCCCUCCCCGACAUCCUGUCCCCCGAGGCCAACCCGCGCCCCAUCCCGCCCGCCAACGUUCCCUUCGCCAUUGUCGCGACCCUCUCGUGGGGCCUCGUCAUGUACAUCUUCCGCCACAGGGGAGAGAGACUGCAGCCCGGUAUCAUCAACUCGAUGCGCUACCUGUACCGCGACUCGGAGACGUGGUCCAACCUCAAGACCCUCCUCUGGCACAACAAGUAG